AUGAAUAUCACGAAUAUUGGAUCAAAAGGAGGAGUUCAAGGUGGUGGGGCUAGCCGAUGUCUCCCAUGCCCAGUUGGUCAAUUUGGUCAAUGCGUACCAUGUCCACCAGGACAUUACAUGACACCAAAAGGACACGAAUGCGUCGUUUGCCCGAUGAAUACUAUCGUGAACACGUCUUCGGAUCGGGUUGGGGUGCAGAGCUGUGUGCGAUGCGGAGAGAACCUGCACUCGUUGGACGGAGUUACCUGCACUUCUGGUGGAUUCAUUAUCGUUGACAAAGAUAAUCGGACACUUAAUUAUGAUUUGACGUCGUGGCUUAAUAAGUAA